UUUUCAAAAAGAGAGUUCAUUUGACAGUCAGUGCAGUUCAACUUCUACCAGGAGACUUAUUCGUGGGGAUUUAUUCGCUGCUUCCCUCUGAAAUGGGAUUCCUUCUCACAAAGAUGAUGACUGUGUUUGGUCAUAGGGAGCACAAAGUUAUUAUCGUUGGUCUGGACAACGCGGGCAAGACGACCAUCCUUUACCAGUUUCUGACGAAGGAGGCUGUACACACGUCGCCGACGGUGGGCAGCAACGUGGAGGAGAUCAUCGUGAGGAACACGCACUUUUUGGUGUGGGACAUCGGGGGCCAGACCAGCCUUCGCAGUACCUGGUACUCGUACUACUCCAACGCCGAGAUCGUCAUCCUGGUUGUGGACAGCACGGACCCGGGGCGACUCACCCUCACCAGAGACGAGCUGCAUCGAAUGCUCGCGCACGAGGACUUGCAGAGCGCCGCCGUCCUGGUUCUGGCCAACAAACAGGACGUGAAAGGUUCCAUGACGGCGGCCGAGAUCUCGCGGCGCCUCACGCUGGACGCCAUCACCACGCACAACUGGCACGUGCAGGCCUGCUGCGGCCUGACCGGCGAGGGCCUCACUGCCAGUCUGGACUGGAUGCAGUCGCAGGUGCUCGCGUCCUGAAGUUCUCGCCACUUCUUCCUCAAAUGUCACCAGUUCAGGAUUGCUUAAUUCACAACGAACACUGAACGACGCAGCCUACCUCAAAUGAAGCAGAUGUUUGUCAAUCCUUCCGCUGGUAUGCCGGAAGGUGUGCCGCAUUCUCGUCAGCACAAACCGGGAUUGUUCGCCAGCCAAUUAUCUGUUCGCGUAAACUUCGGGUGAUUAUUUCUGCUCUACUUGAACCCGGAUGAAUAGACGUUUGUUACGUAACACCUCCUUUGUGCCGGGAAACGAAAAAGGUUUUUUUGUACUUUAAUUAUUUGGAACUGAUUCACGUUGCAAACCUUUCAAAGCGAUUAAUUAAACUGGAUAUUCGCAUCAUGGGUGGAAUGGUGGAGUGACUGGCAAGAGCGUUACCUUACAGUUCUGAAGACUCGGGGUUCAAAUCCCGGCCCCGCCUGUAUGGAGAUCGCAUGUUUCUCUGGGCCCUCCAGUGUCCUCGCUGAGCUGAGGUCACUUCUGUCAAAAAGACACAUCUAUCUAUCUAUCUAUCUAUCUAUCUAAACUCUGCUUGUGCAAGCCAACGAUAACAGCUGGAACGCUUGCGGCGAGUCACUCAUAUCUCAAGGCACCAGUGUAUAUUUAUUUGUGAUACAAAUCAUAACCCCUGAAGGAUUUACAUUUUUUUUUGGUAAUUUUAUAAAGUUUUAAUAAUUAAACCAAAAGCUCUGCCAAAAUGUUUUUAUCUAUUAUAGUGAAAUUAUGCUAAUUACAACCCCGGAAAGCCAGUUGCAAAAUGUUGUAAAAUAGUUUUUAAUGCUAUAAAAAAAUUACAAUUUUUCAUUUUACCUAAAUGUUUUCUUCUCAUUUACUUUCUGGUUGGUUUUAAAAAUCAGCAAUAUGUAGCAUUACAGUAUAGAGACUCAAUAAAAUAUUUAACUUUG